GUCGCACACUGACGCGAGGCCUGCGUCAACAUGGCGGCUGUCUGAGGCUCUGACACCUGUCGGUCCGGUGGAAAUUUCCAGCAAGUUCCAGAAGGAGCGGGAUGGCGGGGUCGCUCCCCCCCGGGGGAGGAGGGCGCAGGGCGGCAGAGCCGGCCGCCGGCGGCACCACCAUGCUGGUCACCGUGAAAACGCUGCAGCAGCAGACCUUCAAAAUCGAGAUCGACCCCGAGCAGACGGUGCAAGCACUGAAAGAAUGUAUUGAAGCAGAGAAGGGCACCAGUUUCCCUGCUGCUUGUCAGAAGUUGAUAUACGCUGGAAAGAUUUUAAACAAUGAUGUCCAGCUCAAGGAAUACAAGAUAGAUGAGAAGAAUUUCAUUGUUGUUAUGGUAACAAAGCCGAGAGUUGUCUCCACAGAAGUGGGAUCUGUUUCUUCAGUUGGGCCGUCAUCUACCCAGUCACCCAGUCACCCGUCAUCCACCCAGUCACCCAGUCACCCGUCAUCCACCCAGUCACAGUCAGAGGGAGAAAAGCAGGAUACGGAUGAAGGAAGCCAAGCCCAAACCAUAACCAGCUCUGUGUCAAUAUCCAGUUCAAUGCCUUCUUCUGGGAGUGACAUACUCUCUGCCCCAUCAGUCAGUGAUCUACUCCCUGCACAAGUAUCAAUGAUUGAUUUACUCUCAGAACCCAGUUUGCAGACUGACGUGUCUGAGGAUCUGCCCCUUGACAAUGGUAUUAUGACAUCAGUGAGGAGCCCAGCUUACGAGACCAUGGUGUCUGAAAUCGUAUCAAUGGGUUAUGAUCGUGAGCAGGUAGUGGCAGCGUUAAGGGCAAGCUUCAAUAACCCACACAGGGCGGUGGAGUACCUGCUGACGGGUAUGCCUGAUAGUCCAGUGGAGGAGAGUACAGCACCUCAAGAUACUCUUGAAUCUGGUCAAGAAUCUAACCUAGAAACACUAGGUGAGAGCCCUCUGGAGUUCCUCCGUGAUCUACCUCAGUUUCAGAACAUGAGACAGGUACUUCAACAGAACCCAUCAAUGUUACCAGCCCUACUUCAGCAACUGGGGAGAGAAAACCCCCAGCUAUUGCAGCAAAUCAGCCAGCACCAGGAACAGUUCAUCCAGAUGUUAAACGAACCCAUGGACGAGGUUGGUGAGAUUGAAGGGGAGAUGGGAGCGGUUGGAGAGGAUACAUCACAAGCGAAUUACAUACAGGUUACACCCCAAGAAAAGGAAGCCAUAGAACGGUUGAAAGCCUUGGGAUUUCCCGAGGGAUUGGUCAUCCAGGCUUACUUUGCCUGUGAGAAGAACGAAAACCUGGCUGCGAACUUCUUGCUGCAGCAGAACUUUGACGACGAAUAAAGAACAGAAAAGAAAGUCGUAUCAGAAUAUCUUAGACAUGCGAUAAUCUACUCUCCCAGUGUGUAAGCCAUCUUUAACAAAUGAAAGCUUUCAUUCAGCUGUGUGAAUAACGUGGUAGAGACUGUACAUGACAAUUUACGUGGCGGCUAGAAACACAACUAAUUUUAACAAGCAAUGCUGCAAAUUGAAGUAGGAAGGAGGGUUUACUUCAAUAUUAACACAAAAGAAAAAAGUGUAAAUAUAAUUUGUUUACUCAGUUUAAAAAGAUGCUUUUGUGUUAACCUGAUACAAUUCAAAAAAGCACAGCCACUACGUACAGGAGAGGCUGUACCAACUUCCUAAAGAGUGUCUCAAUGUUUGUGAAUUUCGGAACACUAGUCACCUGUGUGAAUAAGAUCCACGAGCCCAGGGCAGACUGGAAUGGAUUUUAUUCUCAAUUGUUAGUGCUCUCCAUAAUUGCCAUGUUCAGUUUUAUGUGUGUGUGUUUAAUGAAAAAUCUGGCAUCAGUGUCAUCUCGUGACAACUGCACGUAACAAAGAAAUGACAAUUACAUUGUAAACUGGUUUAUUCUCACAGCGGCAGUGAUGGACAAGCCUGCAGGGAUUAUUUUUGUAUUAUCUCACGAAAAUGGAUUCUGACUGAUGGGAUAGCAUUUCGUUUACUUCAUUUCAUCAUAUUGCUUUCUUAUGAAGAAGACAAUUGUCUUCAAUUGUUUCUGUGUAAUUAAAAGGUUAUUUUU